GUCACUCUGCAACAGCUGUUCGAAACUAGGAAGUCGCAAUUGCUCCUUGGAUUUUUUGAUUUUUGUGGGCAACUCCUGCGUUGGAGACGGCGGUUGCGUAACAGAGCGCUUAUUCCUGGUCGGCAUUUGCAGUUCCAGAAUGGCGUUGGCUCUGCGCGUGGCUAGAUUCGGCUCCGUCCCAGCCAACUGUUGGCCCCGGGAUCCCCGGCGACUGUUACACCUGUGCAGCAGCAACAGUGAUAGCCGGCCGAUAUUAUUACGGAGCAGGAACUACACCACAAAGCCCGAAACCGCUUCCCCUGCGCAAUUAAAGCGAAAUGUGGCCGCCGAAAUAACCAGCGUGGGUAAGGUUAUCUACGAAACGGGAUGGGAUGCUAACAAACCCUCUGAGAAGCCAAAGAUUCCGCCUAGCAGCUGCUCCACCCCAACGCCGUCAAAGAAACCAGAGGACGAGAAGCGCAAAGAGCUGGAAACUAUAAAAUCCAAGCGGGAUCAGAUGAGAGACAAUAUGCAAGACUACAUAUUCACCCGUUAUUUUAACUACGUCAAGAACUAUGACAAAGUGCUCGAAAAGAACUUUCCAAAAGCCAUGCAGCUUUACCGAGUAUUCUUCGACGGCGUCAAAGACUUCUUUGGCGACAUGAAGCGUUUCCUUAAGAUUGCACGCAUAGCCAACGACUCGCCGCAAGGAAUCAGAGCCCUAAAUCGUCAGGAACUGGAACUUUACAUGCAGAUGCCGCGGGACAUGAUGAAGGUGGCACCGGCUCUUAUUGGCUGUUCCUUGCCCAUGGUCGGCUACGCGUUCUUUCCGUUGGUCUUUUGGUACCCUCGCUCCUUUCUUACUGCCCACUUUUGGACAUCGCAGCAGCGCUCCGAGUUCCAAAGUUACUACAUGAAGCGGCGACUGGGCAACAACAAGGACGUGUUUCGCUGCCUGCAGGCUAAGCUGAAGGCAACUGCCUCCCAUCCGAAGCAUUCUGCUUUUGCUGAUAUCCUUGGACAGCUGGGCAGCGGUACACACCCCACGCCAGAGAUGCUUAUCGAUGUUAAGGACAUAUUUGCCGACGGACCCUACUCCUUGUUGGGAAUGUCCCGAAAACACGUCAGAAACCUAGUCAACCUUCAUGGCCUGCCUAGCAGCAUCUUCAAGAGACACCGCCUUCACGAGCACGCCUUUCUGGUGCAUUACAUGGACCAGGCCAUUACCCGAGAAGGUGGCGUUCACAAUUUGACCCCGGACGCCCUCCGUUACUCCUGCUAUCUGCGCGGAUUGAAUCCCGACAGCCUUAGCAGCGAGGCCAUGAUAGACUGGCUACGGAAGUGGGUCAAGGUAUCCACAUCAAUACAAGGCGAACAUAUCACGCUGUUCCUGCACUUGCCUAUCCUGCUGGGUUAUAACCAUCCCAACAACUGGAAGACCAUCUACGGCAAAUGCCCCACUUGAACGAAUCCUUGUUCGUUCUCUAUUUGGUAGACUGUGCUUUAAAGAUUGGACUGUUAAGAGCAUAUUGUUUCUUGAGAGCAAAUAAAACUGUUAGACCCAAAAGAAAAA